AUGGCCAAGUCCAAAGCAGCCAACAAUAUUUGGGCUAUCGAACUCGGCAACGAGCCUGACCUAUUUUAUAAAUACUGGAAGUACCCUGUUGCUCAAGCCCCGUGGAACGAGACACAGGAAGGGGCCAAUGCAAAUGAAUGGGCACAGGACUUUGCGAACCAUUGGAAGAGUCCUCUUCCCAUCCUUGCAGGCGGUGGAUAUGCGAUUCCUUUCCAGAUAGAACCCGGGUGGCCCAACUUACCCUAUCUGGUCAACGAGGCUUAUAACAAGACUGUCAAGGCAGCGACAAAGGUGUACAAUGGACAUUUGUAUGCUUUCUCAAACGUGUCAGAGAACGGUCUGGAUAUCGAGAUGUCACAUCAGAGAACAGUUGAGGACCUGAACCUUCUGCCCAUCUCAACCGCCAGGUCUGUCGGCAGGCCAUACAUCAUUGGUGAGACGGGCUUCCAUGGAGUCGACUACGAAAUGGACGCGACUUUCGGUUCUGCCAUUCAGCUCGUCGACAAGACCUUACCUUUCUUUAACUGGUGGCGAAGCGAUCAACUGAACGCUAAUUUCUACGGCGCCUACUUUGGAGCUCUUGCUACAGCAGGUGGCGAUCACAUCGUGGCAAGUGACAACGGCAGCGAUCGAUACGCGCAGUACAUCGUCUAUCGAAAGGGCAAGCCGUUCAAGCUUAUCUUUGUCAACACCGAUUACUACUCGGGUAUUGGCUCUCGCUCCACUACAAGCUUCACAGUCACUGGUCUCAAAAACGGUGCUGUAAAAGCGCUUCGCAUGACUGGCCCAAGCAGCGAGACUCUAGUUCCCCUCAAACAGACUAAUCCGGAUCUUGAGCCCAGUAUUGCGGGUAAGCGCUCAUGA